AUUUUAUUUUAUUUUAUUUUAUUUUUUUUUUCAUUUUUUUUUAUUUUAACCAUGUUAUCAACUUCAAAGCCUGUCGCUAUUCCAAGUCAGACAGAAAAUGAAACCAUUUCUUACCGAGAAAUAAUUAAACAACUAGCGGCACAAAUAACAACAAAGCCCUAUGGAGAUAUACCUCCGCCUAUGUUUAAAAAAAAGAAACGGACUAAAAAAGAAAAAGUGACUGAUUCGAGAAAGGUGAUGAGAAGAAUGUCACAUGUUGAAGACUGGAUUGUAGUUGACAGUAAAGAGUCAUUACCUGAUGAAGAAGAAUUGGUACAAUCACCUAUUAGAAAUUUUUUAUUUGGAGAUUUUCUUACUGAAGUGUUACCACUACAUAUGCCACCUCCUUCUUUAAGUAAAAUAGAAGAUAAAAAACCAAGCCAUGAAGUGAUAUUAUCUUUGGAAUUAUUACAAGAAUAUGAUGAUGACGAAGAAGAGGAAGAAGAAGAAGAGAAAGAGUAUGAAAAGAUGAUAAAGGGGAAAGUAUCCAGUCCAAAAUUAAGAGAGACUUAUUUAAAACAUAAAAACUCAUUAAGAAGACAUUCCAUAUCCUCUUUUAAUUUAAAAAAGACACCAUCUAUUACCACUGCUUCUUAUGCAAUAUCUUCUUCACCACCCCAACUGUCAAAUACUGACUCUGAAUUAUGGAAAGCUACAUUAGUUAAAUUAAAACAAUCUUUAUCUAACACUACCAAGAAGAAGAAAUUAAUACCAAUGCCUAUACCACCUAAAAGACCUACUCAUGGUUUAUCACAAAAGAAAAGAAGAUCAGAAGCUACCACUCAGCCAAGAUUUAAUCCAGACACGAAUACAUAUACACGAGACACAAGGUCGAAUCCAGAUCAUCUAAGAAUGAUAUCAGCAGAACUUAAUAUGAUGAGAGCAAGAAAAUUAUUAAGUCCAUUAAAACCAAGAGGUUUCUUACCAAGAAGAAAAGAUAUUUUUAUACGUGGAGAAAAUAGAAAGAUGUCUCGAUUAAUGCACGAAAUAAUCAUUACCUAAUAAUUAAAAUGAUUGGUCAGCUAUAUAACGCGACAAAAAACAAAAAAAAAAAAAAAAAAAAAAAAAAAAAAAAAAA